AUUUUGGUGGUGCGAUGAGCGUGGCUACUUACGAGAGUCGAGGCGGGCAUUGCGGGCGGCUGGAGCGUGGUGCCUGGCGGACUAGCGCGCGCGCGAUCAGAAAUUAUGCGUGAGAUACAGCGUUCGCGGGUACAUACGCGUCCGCCGCAGACGUCUUCCGAGCGUUGUAUUUUGGCCUCGGAUCUGCUUGGUUUUCUCCCGCCACCGUGAGUAGCCGUGCUCGACCGGCCACAGCCUGCGCGCCGCAAUGGGCUUCAGACAAGCCGCAGUGCUCUCUUCCGUCUCCUUCUUCCUCGGCGUAUUGCUCAUCUGUCUGAACGUUGACUACCGCGUCCUGUUCACGCCGCUCACGGACGACGUACUGCGCGAUGGCUUCGAGUUCUACACAACGUUCUACAAUUCCCCGCCAGCCAUCAAGGCUCUGAUGCAUGCCGUCAUGGGGAUGGGUGCCCUGGGCCUCUGUGGCCAGCUGAACAGGUGGGACGAGAGCGCCAUCUUCUUCGACGGGUCCUCGCUCGCGGCGUACAUCUUCGCGAUGGCGGUGUACAUCUCUGUGGGGAUCCCCGCGUCGCGCUCGGUCGCGAUCCCCCGCCCCGAGGACACGCGCGCCAGCCAGGUCGAGGCGCUCCGCGUACUGUCGGCGGGGAACACCAUCAUCAUCGUCUGCCUUGGUGCAGUGCUCGCUCUCCAGGCCGGAGAGGAGUACGCGAGACGCAUCGAAGCGAAGGCGAAGGAGGACUUCGAGCGGAGACAUCCCGCGGGCGCUUCAAAAGCGCCGGAGACCAGCGAAGACACGACAGAGAGCAAGAAGGACAAGUGACGGGCGACGCAUAUGGCGGGACAGGGGGCAGCAGAAAACCGUCGGGCGGGACACAUUUUUCCUCUUGCUACGCGACACACCGUGUAAUCCGUGCAUCUAUAUUUCGAUCCUACCUGCGCAGUGCCUCGAGAAGGCAUGAUAGGCCCAGUACACUUCAUCGGCUGUUUUCUACGGCCGUGGUAUGACCGCCACAAAGUUGCUGACUGUGCUGUUAGAUGCGAGGUGCUGGUGUGCUGAGUUCUGAUUCAUGAUAGGCCGUGCUCUAGAAGUGG